AUGCUUAGCAGGUCAAUCAUUAGAGCAUACUCUACACAAGCUAGCUCGUCCUUAAUUUCGUCCACGCUACUUUUAUCGAGACAACCAGUUAUAACUGCUGAUUUGCCAGAGUUUGAGAAUCAGUACUACAAAUACCAAAAUGAGUUAUGGAAGAGAUUAAUGUGGACAUUUCCAAAGUGGUUCUACUAUAGAGAGGGAACAUUGUCUGAACAGAACUACCGAGAAUUAAACAAAAACCCAACUUUCAACAACCCAAAUAUCGAAUUUCCAAGCGGUAGGCCAGAAAUUAGACAUCAAAGAGACAGAAGAUUCAAACAGGAAAUCGAGUUACCUAAGACAUAUAAGGAAGCAAAAGAAGGCGAGGAGGACGAUUUUGAAGUGACGCCUGCCGACGACUUAUCGCGUAAGAUUGUUCCUAAUUCUAGAGUCACCGAUGCCGACAAAAGCGGCGAUUUGACCAGCUUGGAAAGAAAGUUGAGUCGUACAUUGUAUUUAGUCAUCAAUAAGGAAGAUAAGUGGAUAUUGCCAAACUUUAGUGAAGGGGAAUCUGAAAAGUUGACACCAUUACAUAAAUUGGCUGAGGAAGGGUUAUACAAGAUGGGGGGAGACAAAAUCAAUUACUUCAACGUUUCAAACAAGCCGUGUCAUUUAUAUAAGAACGACAACGCAAAGGAAUACUUCAUAAAGUCUCACAUCUUAUCUGGUAAGUUUGAGCCACAAGAACCAGCAUUGAAAUACAUGUGGUUAACAAAAGGUGAGUUAAGCUCAUAUUUAAAUAAAGAUUACUAUAAGGAUAUUAAGCAUUUAUUAAAUGAUGUUUAA